AUGGCACCUACAAUCACCUCAACCAUGACUUUCUUAAAGGAGAACCAGAGUCUGACCAACAAGUUGAGAAAGCCAGUGGUUGAAAAGAUGCGCAGAGACCGUAUCAACAACAGCAUUGAGCAACUCAAGUCCCUCCUCAGUGCAGAGUUCCUCAACCAGCAACCUGACUCCAAGUUGGAGAAGGCAGACAUUCUGGAGAUGACAGUUCUUCUUCUAAGACAAAAGCAGCAGCAGCAGCAGCAGCAGUCAGUGAGCAUUUCCUCUUCAGUGGCUGUCAAUCAAGGUUUCUCCAGAUGUGUCCAAGAGGCUGUGCAUUUCCUGUCCAGGACAGAAGUGAAGACACAGUCCCAGAGAGGACUGCUGAACCACCUCCAGAACCUGCAGUCAACACCUGAUAAUAAAAUGAGGGAAAAUGUUCCUCCUCAGCUGAACUCCCAAAUCUUUCACACCAUCAGGAAAGAGAAAAAAGUCCAGAGCUCAAUCUGGAGGCCCUGGUAA